GCGGCGCCAAGACGGCGGGCAUGGUGGGGCGGGAGAAGGAGCUCUCUAUCCACUUUGUUCCCGGGAACUGCCGUUUGGUGGAGCCGCUGUGACGGGAAAAGAGUAGGUCGGAUUUCACUUUCGAGCCUCCUGUCUCCCCUCCCGGGAACGAAGAGGGGUUUUGAGAGCUGUUUCAGUUUUGAUUAUUUCUAAAUUUCUUUUUCAUCCUUUGUUCACAAGGUUCCUCACUUGGGAAGUGACAUCUGCCCUGCCUGUCUAAUAGGACUCCUCCUGUGGUCAAAAGAGUGAAGUGAGAAACUCAGAAGAAACCAGAUCAUAGCUCUGUUAUAGUAUUUUCCCAGGGAUCUUUAUGGAGGAAGUUAACAUCCCCAACAGGCGGGUUCUGAUUACUGGUGCCACUGGGCUUCUUGGCAGAGCUGUUUACAAAGAAUUUCAACAGAAUAAUUGGCAUGCCGUUGGCUGUGGUUUUAGAAGAGCAAGACCAAAAUUUGAGCAGGUUAAUCUCUUGGAUUCUAAUGCAGUUCAUCACAUCAUUUAUGAUUUUCAGCCCCAUGUCAUAGUACAUUGUGCAGCAGAGAGAAGGCCAGAUGUUGUCGAAAAUCAGCCGGAUGCUGCUUCUCAACUUAAUGUGGAUGCUUCUGGGAACUUAGCAAAGGAAGCAGCUGCAGUUGGAGCAUUUCUAAUCUACAUUAGCUCCGAUUAUGUUUUUGAUGGAACAAACCCACCUUAUAGAGAGGAAGACAUACCAAGUCCCCUAAAUCUAUAUGGCAAAACAAAAUUAGAAGGAGAAAGGGCUGUCCUGGAGAACAAUUUAGGAGCUGCUGUUUUGAGAAUUCCUGUUCUGUAUGGAGAAGUUGAAAAGCUUGAGGAAAGCGCCGUGACUGUUAUGUUUGAUAAAGUGCAGUUCAGCAACAAGUCUGCGAACAUGGACCACUGGCAGCAGCGGUUCCCCACACACGUCAAAGAUGUGGCCACUGUGUGUCGUCAGUUAGCAGAGAAGAGGAUGCUGGAUCCAUCAAUUAAGGGAACCUUUCACUGGUCUGGCAAUGAACAGAUGACGAAGUAUGAAAUGGCAUGUGCAAUUGCAGACACCUUCAACCUCCCCAGCAGCCACCUAAGACCGAUAACUGACAGUCCUGUCUUAGGAGCACAACGUCCGAGAAACGCUCAGCUUGACUGCUCCAAAUUGGAGACCUUAGGCAUUGGCCAGCGAACACCAUUUCGAAUUGGAAUCAAAGAAUCACUCUGGCCUUUCCUCAUUGACAAGAGAUGGAGACAAACAGUCUUUCAUUAGUGUAUGUGUGUUGUUGUUGUUUUUUUUAAAUGAGAAGUCAAGUAUGUGGCACUUUUUAAAGAAAAAAGGAAAUAGUUUUGUAUGAGUGCUCUUUAAUUGUGACUCAUGAUCUUUCAGGUAAAUGAUGCUCUUGCACUAGUGAAACUGUCUAAGGAAAACCAAGGGCAGCAAUGCCUUGUUUGAAGUAAUGAGUUUUCUGUUUAUCAUUUUGUUCUGGCUUAACUUGCUGUUUGAAUAUAGUAAAUUAUGAUUCUCAAAUAUUUGAGAGCCAGGAUGAAACACAUCUGCUGUAGACUUUUUUUUGGAUGAAAUGCAUUGUUCAUUCCUAUAAAUAACCUCGACAUUUUCAGGACUUUUGCAUCGGUUGAUCCUUUUAUGUUUUAAAGUAUGUUAAAUAGUAUAAAAAUCAUUGGUGUUCAUUAUUUGCUUUGCUUGAGCUCAGAUCAAAAUGUUUGAAGAAAGAAACUUUAUUUUUGCAACUUAAGUGUAGUUUUUAUGCUUGAGAUGUUUCAACUUGUUAUGUAUAUUGGAACUCCUGCAGCUUGAUGCCUGCUGCUUUUGUAGCAGUGAAUGGUGAGCCUUUGAGAGAGAGAAUGUGUGUAUGUGUAUGUAUUUUUUUAAUAUAUAUGAAACUGUCCUUUUCACUCCAUGUCACUAAGUGAUAUUUCAUAUGUGUGGUUAUACUAAUAGUAAUGGGCCUUGUAAGUCUUUUGACCAUUCAUGAAUAAUAAUAAAUAUGUACUGCUGGCAUGGUAAUGCUUAGUUUUCUUGUAUUUACUUCUCUUUUUUAAAUGUAAGGACCAGAUAUCUGAACUGUUGUUUUGUUGCUCUAAUUUUUUACAAUUACCUUCUUAUCAUGUAACAUCUGAUGCAUACAAGAGAAUAUACUUAAUAUACAUUAAGAUAUAAAAGACAACAAUAAAAUGAACCCUGGUGAACAUACCACUUGAAAUCUAGAUUGUUACAGAUAUUGU